AUGCAACCUCUAAACCCAUUUCUGCGCGCCUUCUUCCGCAGCACUCUCCCGGGCCAGUGCUCCCCCGCGCAACAUCACGUACUCCUCGUCCCCACCACAGACGUCCUCCUAAACGCCAGAGACCGCGAGAGCCAUGCCUUGUACGCCGACCUAUCCGGCUCCGAGGAGUUCCUCGCGAGCCAUGUCCUGCGCGUACCCGGCGGCAUCCCGCCAGGCGCCAAUGGCAAAGAUACGUCAUUUCGCGAAAGUAGGGGGAAGGCGAAACAGUACACCACCGCAAAUGGGCGUACGGUGAUAAUCAAGGACACUUUUGUUUACAGCAAUAAGGGCUUCAAAUCACUCAACCAGGCACAGCUUCUGCACGACAUAAUCUAUUAUCCGGACAGUUUCGACGCCCAACCCUGGCUGGUGUACUACAUAUCGAGGCCGCUGAUCGGGGUGUACGAAUCCAUACCAAUAGUCCCUGCCGUGCCCGAUGCACCGCCGAAGCCACCGCCGCCAGCCGAGCCAGCGAAUGGGACGAGUUCGAAUACUGCUUCCAUGCCGCGGAAGAGGGAGGUUAAAUCCUUUGCUGAGCUCUUGAACAUGUUUCCAAUGAUCGCGAGGCAAAUGCAGCCAGGUUUGGAGCGCCUGUUCAAAGAGUUCGGCAAAGAAUUUGAAAAGCCUCUCCCUCCCGUGCCAAACUCGAAACCGGCUAGCCUUUCCAGCCGGCGCAGUUCUAUUUCCUCCGGAGUGAGCUUGCCGCUUUCGUUACACAGCACCCUAUCUAACGGAAGCACGAAAAUGCCUUCCACGUUGGAAAUAUAUGACGAGGAGGAUAUUAUGCGCCGAUCCCUGGAGACUGCAGUCACUGCUGCCAUCGAUCUCUUCCAGAUGGUGGAUAAGCAGCAGUUGUCGAACUUGGGCGCAACUACCGAUUUGACUGGCCCCAUUGUGGAGCGCAUGAUCGAGCGAUACGUCUGCGAGCAAGCCCAUGAGUCGAUCCUAUUUCCAAGGAUCUGCACGGUGCGGCGUUUCGACGAUCUUGAGCUCGAGUCGCGGGUGCGACAAAUGCAGGAUUUGGAUAUCUCGCAAGUUGGUAUACCCAUAGAAAACGGACAGCAGGGCAAGUUGGAGCUAGCAGCGCGCUUGGCGAAAGGAGUUGAAAUCUUUAAAAAGAUGGGCUCCGCCGGAAGCCCCCAGGAAAUGCUGGAUGUUUUGCUUGCUACACAGAAGCUUAUCACCAUGCCAGAGCCCGCGAAGGAACCGUCCUCGCGGGCCGGCACAUCUUCCGAUUCCCAAUCCGAGAAGCAUGAUGCCAUGCUGACCAUCAAUGCGGACACCCUGGUUUCCCUGCUUUUGGUAGUGGUCAUUCGCUCCUCCGUCCGACAUCUUCAAGCACGGUUGUCGUAUAUGCGACAUUUCAUUUUUAUCGAUGAUGUCGAGAGUGGAGAGAUGGGCUACGCCUUGAGCACGUUCGAGGCCGUUUUGUCCUACCUUGCGAGAGAUUCGCACGGUCUGCGCAGAGCGAGCAAAAAGAACAGGCAGCUGUGGCAAGCCACGAAAAAUGGAGAUCUUGCGGGCAUCCGAAACAUCCUGGAACCUGGCAAGAAAUCCGCCGCGGACGGCAGCAUGGAAGAAGAGCCGGAAAAUACCGACGACACGGUUCCGCACGUUGAUUCUGCAUGGUCUGAACUGCAGAACAAGUCCUUGUACGGACGCAGUGUUGAUGAUUGGAUGGGUGGUGCGGUUCAGCCCGCCGAUCAGACGCCAAAUGGAACCUCUCCAUCCGGGUCGUUAGCACACGUCUUUCCUUUCCAAAGAGCUCAAACGCCGCCGCCGGAGCAGAGGCCGAAGAUCAAGAAACGCGUGUCAAUGCAACCGCGGAGCAAUUCAAGCUCUUCUGCGAUAUCGUUCUUGUCGCGAAGUGAUACUGUCAUCUCUACGGGCAGCGGUCUUGAAGGGGAUGCUUCGAUCGAGAAGGUCGCCCACACACAAGAUCGGACUGGCCAGUCAGUUCUGAUGAUGGCUGUCGAUAGUGGGCAAGAAAAGUCGCUCAAGUAUCUCUUGAGUCUUGACGAGUUCUACCCCUUCGAAGAGGUCAUCUCUGAUUGCAACAACGAUGGUACCACUUUGCUGAGUGCCGCAAUCCAGCAGUCGAACACAGGAAUGGUGAACAUACUCUUGGAGUAUUUCGCGCACAAUAUGCACAGCGAGCACGCUUUGGCUGAGUACAUCGCGCAGCAGGAUUCUCAGGGUAGAUGUGCAGGGCACUAUCUCUUCAACCUACCGUUGCUGAUUCCCCGGAUCGGACACCUUGUCCCGUGGACGUUGAAGGACAAAAAUGGCCAAACACCGCUGUUCGCGCUUUGCAGGUCCUACGAUCACCAAGAGUAUCGCUCUAUGGUAGAGGCUGGCGUAGCAGCGGCGACGAGAGCACAGGGCGAUGGCCAGCUGCUUCAUCUGGACGACCAUAUCGACGCCAAAGGGAAUACUCUGCUUCACAUCGUUAAUGACCCGCAUCUGGCGCUGAAGCUGCUGUACCACUGCGAUUCAGAUGCCAAUGCUGCGAACGACAAGCAAUUCACGCCUCUGAUGGUUGCCAGCAAAUACGGACGUACAGACCUUGUUCGAGUUCUGUUUGGUGAUCCCAGAGUGGAUCUCAAUGUGAAGGACACACGGGGUUUGACAGCGGUUGAGCUGGCCAAGGAUGACGAAGUGCGCAAUCGGAUCGAUGACCUGGUGCUCCUGUCGAGUCCUUCCGGUGUCAAUGGCCGCACCACCACCGUUGUACGGUCCUACUUCGUUGAGGACGGUACAAUCAGGAUGGUGCUGAAGUCAGGAGCGCCGAAUGACAGCAAUUCCAUCACUGUCACAACGUGUCGCCGGUCCUUAGCGGAUUUUGAGAACCUUGCAAAAUGGCUGUCUCAGGAGAACCCAGCUUCCUGGAUACCGGCGGUCACUGGAUUCGCAACGCCUUUCCUCAUUCCGUCCAAACCUUCGCGAGCCAUUCUCAGGGACAUCCAAUUACGGCUUGACAGCUUCCUCAAGAUCCUACUCCUCCACCCAACCUUCUCAACUCACGAGAUGGUUUGGGAGUUCUUCCUCGUGCCCGAUAUCGACCAAGAGAUGUUAGCUGAGCGUAGUAAACGCAAGGCAGAGACUCGAAUCGAUCGGAUCAAGGAGGAGUAUACGCCUCUCUUAGACGUUCGUGAGGUGGAGGUUUUCGUGCAGCACGCCCGCGAAUCCGUUCGUGGCAUGCAUCACUCGGCCAAAUCAGUCCUCCGCCGCACCAACAAGGUGCGAGCGGCGUCGAGCGACCUUAUCGACGCGGCGCAGAUCUGCUCAGGGGCGCUGGACACACUCGCGUUCCUGCCAGACUCGCACAAGAUUGCAUUCGAGCGAUACGUCAAGACGCUGACGCAGAUGGAGUCGUCGCCGCUGACGGGCUUCUACUACAACAUGCACGCCAUCAGCUCGACGAUCCAGGCGAUCCUGGCGGCGCUGUCGCGGCCCGGCACCAUCGUCGGCGCCAUGGGCCAGACACAGAAGCAGAUCGACCGCCACACGCUGUCGCUCCAGCGCAGCGGCCGCUGGCCGCUCGGCCUGCUCGACGACACGCGCCACCGCAUGCAGCGCGAGGCCGCCGAGCGCGUCGACCGCAGCGUCCAGGAGCUCGAGACGCUCGGCAAGGAGCUCAAGUACACGCAGCAGACGGUCGCCGCCGAGCUCGCCGCGUGGCAGGACGCGCGCGUCCGCCAGGGCCGCAAGGCUUGCAAGGAGCUCGCACGCCGCAUGGUGGUGGUCGAGAAGGCGCGGCUGGAGAGCAUGAGAAGGGCGAUUCGUGGGCUGGGGUUCAACGAGAGGAGGCGGAUGAGCGCCGUCGAGGGGUUGAAGAGGGCGGCGAAUGGGGUGAUGAGGGAUCCGGAGUUGUUGGAGGAUUUGUAG